UUUAUAAAAAUUGAAAAAACACGAUCAUGGGCAAGACCAAGCCAAAAUCCUCCAAAAAGUCCAAAAAAGAAAAGAAGGAGAAGAAGAGUAAGAAGGAUAAGAAAGCGAAGAAGUUAAAGAAACUUAUGCAGAAGAGAAAGGGAAGUAGCGAAGAGAGUGAUCAAAGUGAAGAAGAGUUUAUACAGAAAGUAUUGGCCAAGAAGAAGGAAGCGAAGAAGGAAGUGGAGAAGGAAGUGAGUGAACAAGAGAAAGAUAGGGAGAGUGCUAGUGAGCAGGAGUGUAGUAGUGAAGAAGAGAAAGUGGAGAUUAAGGAAUGUGAAUUUUUAAAGGAGCCUGAGGUAGUUCCAGAGCCAGUCUCAAAGGUGGAGAAAAAGACCCAUACUUUGUCCAUUGUGAUUCCAGCUUCGAUCAUUGAUAAUGCCCAAAGUUUUGAGCUUAAAACUUAUCUUGUCUGACAAAUAGCAAGAGCUGCUGUGAUAUAUUGUGUUGAUGAGAUUAUUAUUGUUGAAAGUAGAGGUAGAUAUUCGAGUUCUCUUGCAAAAUCAAAUCCUACUGAAUUUUUUGUAAGGAAUUUAGAAUAUCUUGAAACACCUCCUUACCUUCGUAAGGCUCUAUUUCCAGUGUGUCCAGAAUUGAAAUUCUCAGGAUUAAUGAACCCUCUUAAUACCCCUCAUCAUUUCAAGCCGGAUGAAUGGAGUCAAUUUAGAGAAGGAGUAGUGAUUAAUCGUCCGAGCAAGAAAGGAAAUGGGUCUUGGGUAUCCACUGGCCUCAAAAAGGAUACGCAAGUAGAUCUCCUAAUAGAAGAAGGAACCAGAGUUACUGUUAAAUUCCAUGAAACAGAUUUCACAAAGAAGAAGCAUUAUGAAGGAACUGUUGUCUCAACUGAGGAGGCUAGUCAAGAACUCGACAAAUAUUGGGGAUAUACUGUUAGAGUUGCUGAAAACAUCAACCAAUGCUUCUCAGAUAGCCCUUAUGAAGGAGGCUACGAUUGCCUCCUUGGUACCAGUGAUAAAGGAGAAUUCGUUGAAGAUGCUGACUUCUCUCAAUUCCAAGGAGUAAAGCAUGCUCUGCUCUUCUUUGGAGGACUAGAAGGAAUUGAAGGACUUAUCGAACACGAUGAGAGUGUAAAUCUCCAACCAGAAGAAGCAGGAAAGUUAUUCCACAAAUAUUUGAACACUUGUCCAAACCAGGGAACAUGGACUAUUCGGACAGAGGAAGCCAUCCUUAUAUCUCUGUGUAAGAUCUGCCCGAUCUUAAAUAAAUAUUAA